GUAGUUGAAUCAGCUGGAUCAUUCUCUCAUUUGAAAGUUGGAAAUAAAACAUAUAUGGUCUAUAUGCUCUUGGAUGCUAUUAAAGACUUGGAGUUAGUAGUUGGAGAGGAUUCUCGCUGGUAUCGGUAUAGUAUUUACAAAUAUAUAUAUAAAUAUCUAAUUUUAUUACUAACACUCUAUUACAUAAUUAGACAUCCUGAACACUUGAAAUAUCCUAUCGACGUUCAAAAUAUGAGAUACUUUAUUAGAUUAUAUAAGAAGAAAUAAAUAUGGAUACAUGUGUAUGCAUAUUAUAGAUAUAACUACUCGUUAUUAUAUGUAAUGAAUAAUAAAAUACUCUUUUUUUUUUUUG